GACGGGCGGGAGACGGGGGACGAUUCCCAGCGCUCGCCGACGGUCCUGGCCCCCAGAGCAGACGGGGAGCAUCGUCCUGAGGGCGAGAGCUGGGAAAUCCGCUGGGAAACCCCUCCUGCUCCCUCCCCCGGGCAUCAGGGCGCCCGCUCCUUCCGAUUAAAUCAUCUCGAGGUAAUUGUGCCUGUCGUUGAGACAGAUUAACAGACGAUCUUCUGCCGCUGGAGCAGGAUUGGCGGUGGCCGCCGAGCUCCCCGUCCUUCCCUCCCCCGGGCCGCGGCGGCACGGCCCGGCGGAGGAUUCCCACCCGUGGCCGGCAGGAAGAUGCCCGGCAGCAGCCGGGGUGCAGCGGGAGCCGCGACCCCAGGACAGCGUCUGCCGGCCCGGCAGCUGCAGCGCCCGGACAUGAGGACCGUGCACCCAGCCCAGGGGUGAGCCCCCACCCCGGCACCGCCAUGGUGCUCCCCUGUGACCGCAACAGCAUCGGCGGCAACUGGCUGGCGCCCGAGGAGACCCGGGGCCGCAGCAACUCCAUCCCCCUGGCGCAGACUCCCACCGCCAAGCACAUGCUGGCUUACCUGCCCCGGCCGCCCACCGACACCAGCCGGUACGGCACCUUCCCCCAGAAGCCUGAACUCCCGGCCACCGCCGGGGCUGUGGCGGCGGACGGCCGUCAGCAAGCCAGCGCUGGCACUGCCAGGAGAGGCAGCCUCAUACCAAACUACCUGUCCCCACCCUGCCGCCGCGGUGGCUUCGUCUCCAGCCAGUCGUCUCCGCCCUCGAGGCAUGGCAGCGUGGCCGCCCAGCACCAUCUCAGCGAUCUGUCCCGGUGCCCACCGGCCACCCCGCGGGAGCUGGGCACCCACUGGUACGCGCUGCAGGCGCCAAGCGUGCCCAAUGUUCCCAGCUCGGCACGCAGCAAGAGCCUCACCCACAGCCCCACCGCCGCCGUCCCCGCCCCAGAGGGGCUGCCGAGCCGGUGCCGCAAGCUGCUGGAGGAGGACAGCCCCACGGUGCAGGCCAGCAAGCGGCAGCGCCAGCGCUACGUGACCAAAGUGGGCAAGUGCCAGGUCAACCUGGGCAACAUCCAGGAGAAGAAGCGGUUCCUCUCGGACAUCUUCACCACCAUCGUGGACCUCAAGUACCGUUGGUUCCUCUUCGUCUUCAUGAUGUGCUACAUCGUCACCUGGGUGGUCUUCGGCACCAUCUACUUCUUCGACGCCUGGGUGCGGGGCGACAUCAGGCACCGGGGCGAUCCCGAGUGGCGGGCGUGCAUCGAGAAUGUGGACGACUUCAUCUCAGCCCUGCUCUUCUCGGUGGAGAGCCAGCGGACCAUCGGCUACGGCUCCCGGAUGGUGACAGCCAACUGCGCCGAGGGCGUCAUCCUGCUGAUGGCGCAGUCCAUCGUCGGCUCCAUGAUCGACGCCCUGAUGGUGGGCUGCAUGUUCGUCAAGAUCUCACGGCCCAAGAAGCGCGCCCAGACCCUCAUCUUCAGCAAGAACUGCGUCAUCUCCCGCCGCGACAAGAAGCUCUGCCUGAUGUUCCGGGUGGGGGACCUGCGGGAGAGCCACAUGGUGGAUGCCAAGAUCCGGGCCAAGCUGAUCAAGUCCCGGCAGACGGCCGAGGGGGAGUUCAUCCCGCUGGAGCAGUCGGAGCUGAACCUGGGCUAUGACACGGGGGAGGACCGGCUGUUCCUGGUGGAGCCCCAGAUCAUCUGCCACGUCAUCAACCGCCGCAGCCCCUUCUGGGACCUGUCGGCCGAGUCGCUGCGCCGGGAGCAGUUCGAAAUCAUCAUCAUCCUCGAGGGCAUCGUGGAAGCCACAGGCGAGUGGGCC